CAGGUCCUCCGGAUCGGCCGCCGCGCCACCGCCGCCGCGCCUCGAAGCAAGAGCCCGGCGGGGCGGCCCCACUCGGAGGGCUCCGAGCGAGGCGCCUGGCGCGAGUGGCGGAGCGCGACCUCCUAGCGGGGCAGCCCGCGCAUGGCAGCGCUUGGGGGAAAGUGACACUUCGCGGGAGGGAGGAGGACCGAGCCCGGAGAGCCUCCUGCGCGGCGGAACAGACGGGGACGCGAGCUCGGCUUGCCCGCCAGGAGAGCAUCAUGACAGACGCGCCGGGGAGAUGCUCGCGGGGGAACUUUUGACUAUGGUGAGGAGCCGCGUCGCAGCAUGGGGAACGCGCUGCUCUGAUCGCCGGCAGGAAUUGGGGCGAGGGGGACCUCGGGCUGCCGCUGCACGCUUCGGAGAAAACCCCUGCAGCACAUGCCAUGAAGGAAGAGAAUUUUCUUCGGCGCAGAUUCUCACUCUGCCCUGCUGCAUCCACUCCUCAGAAAAUUGAUCCUCGCAAGCUGACCCGGAACCUGUUUUUUGGGGCCGAUAAUGAGAUCUACCCAAUCAGCCCAGGGAAAGACAUGGAAGGAAACAGCUUGUCCAUGCUGAAAGAUGAGAUUCCUCAGACCCCGAACUCUGCUAAUAAGACGGAGUACAAACUCUGCAAUGGCUCUGAUAAAGAGUGUGUAUCUCCUACUUGCAAAAACAACAAGAAAGAGACAUUGAAGGUGCAAAAGAAGAAUUACAGGCAGGAGAAGAAAAGAGCCACCAAGCAACUCUUCAGUGCUUUGAAAGACCCCAGUGUGGUCAUUAUGGCAGAUUGGCUCAAGAUUCGCGGAACUCUGAAAAGCUGGACCAAGUUGUGGUGUGUGCUGAAACCUGGAGUGUUGCUGAUCUAUAAAACACCCAAAGUGGGACACUGGGUGGGCACCAUCUUGCUGCACUCUUGCGAACUGAUUGAGAGACCCUCCAAAAAAGACGGCUUCUGCUUCAAGCUUUUUCAUCCUUUGGAUCAAUCCAUUUGGGCGGUGAAGGGUCCAAAGGGAGAGAACGUGGGUUCAAUUACACAGCCUCUUCCAAGCAGCUACUUGAUCUUCAGGGCAGCUUCUGAAUCAGAUGGCCGGUGCUGGUUGGAUGCCCUGGAACUGGCCUUGCGCUGCUCCAGCCUCUUCAGACUAAGUGCAUCCAAGCAAGGGAAGGAUGGAGAUCUGAAUUGCUCGACUGAUUCUUCACAUGCUGGGCUCUACAACCUACUACACACAGCUACGAUCUCGGAUCAGGAGCUUUUCCAUCUUAACGAAUCAGCUCUGGAGAACCAUCACCUGGAGAAUGAUGCUUUUUCAGACAAAUCUGAAAGAGACAACAACGAUGAAUCUGAGAAUGAGAUGCAUGAGAACAGCCGGAAGACCAAUGAGAGUGAAAGUGAUCAGUCUGAAAUCCAUGGAGAAUUGUCCCAGGAGAAGAAGGGGACAACUUACUUAGAGCAGAACUAUGAAGAAUUUGGGGAGACGGGUGAAUGCUCUCAAACAGAAACUGUGUCCGAGGAAAAUAAGAGCUUAAUGUGGAUCCUCCUGAAGCAGCUGCGACCAGGCAUGGACUUGUCUCGUGUGGUUUUGCCCACUUUCAUCUUGGAGCCACGCUCUUUUCUCAACAAGCUCUCUGAUUAUUACUAUCACGCCGACCUACUUUCCCAAGCUGCUGUUGAAGAAGAUCCCUAUUGUCGAAUCAAGCAAGUCCUGAGAUGGUACCUAUCAGGCUUUUAUAAGAAGCCAAAGGGAAUAAAAAAGCCAUACAAUCCCAUUUUGGGAGAGACCUUUCGUUGCUGUUGGUUUCAUCCGCAGACAAACAGUCACACGUUUUACAUAGCAGAACAGGUUUCUCAUCACCCUCCUGUAUCGGCCUUUCAUGUCAGUAAUCGGAAGGAUGGGUUCUGUAUAACUGGCAGCAUUCUAGCCAAAUCUAAAUUUUACGGCAAUUCACUCUCAGCUUUAUUGGAUGGACAAGCUAAGCUUACAUUUCUAAGCAGUGGGGAGGAGUACAUCAUUACCAUGCCUUACGCACACUGCAAAGGAAUUUUAUAUGGUACCAUGACAAUGGAGCUUGGAGGGAAGGUUACCAUUGACUGUGAGAAAAGCAAUCAUCGGGCAGAACUGGAAUUCAAAUUGAAGCCAUUCUUUGGUGGCAGCACGAGCAUUAAUCAAAUCUCGGGGAAGAUUAAAUCAGGAGAAGAAGUGCUGGCAAGCCUGGAUGGACACUGGGAUGGAGAAGUGUAUAUAAGUGAUACGAAAAAUGGUAGCACAGAGAUUUUUUGGAACCCAACCAGUGAGGUCCGGAAACAAAGGCUGAAGCGUCACAUUGUGUUGUUUGAAGAGCAAACCGAGUUCGAAUCGGAAAGACUCUGGCAGCAUGUGACUAGCGCAAUCAACAAAGGAGACCAGAACAAGGCCACUCAAGAGAAGUUUGUGUUGGAAGAGGAGCAGCGGAAUGCAGCACGGGAGCGGAAGGAGAACGGGACCGAGUGGAGGCCCCUGCUCUUCUGGCACAACCCUGCCACAAACGAGUGGCACUACAAAUAUGAAGAUUUAAGGCCCUGGGACCCUUUAAAUGACAUUGCCCAGUAUGAAAAGGAUGGCAUACUUCAAACCAUGCAGAGGCGCUUGUCCGAUAGAAUGUCAGCUCACAAGAACAUGUGCAUCAGCAGCCAAGUUGCCCGGCACAAGAGGUCUGCACAUGAUUGUAGGCGGCGUAAAGCCAGUGACCAACCCUCCAACAACAGCCAGAACACUGAAAGUAGCUGUUCAACACCGGAGUCUGUGCAGGAACUUUCAGAUGAUGAUGGUUUUGGAAGUCCAUGUACUCAGUGUGGGAAAGAAAACAACCAUUUGAAGGAAAUUCACACUGCUGUCUUAUCCCUCCAGAGAGCCCAACAGGAUAUACACAGGAACCUCACUGCUCUGAACAAAAAAUCCCUCUACAGGAAGGCCUCAUCAGAAAGUCUCUUCCUGGACUCUCGCUGUUGGUUUCUUCUGUGCAUCUUUCUAACGUGUCAGCUCUUCAUUAACUACGUGUUCAAAUAGAAGCACUGCAUUUGGCAGCAAUAAAAGUGACCAGCUGCAAGAACAAGGAGACUGAAUUGCAAGGGGCCCACCUGAGGCACCAAGCACUUUAAUGCCUACGCAGCCAGGGGCGGAAGGGAGAACAAGGUUAACCAGGGAACCUGCAAAGUUUUGUUCUUCAGAUUAAUGUCAUUGCCUUUUUACAUGUACAUCUACAAGGACCUCUUUACCUGUAUGGGCCUUAAUGCUAAAGCCAAAUGUAGCUUUAAUUGUGCAAUUUUGUUUUCUAUGUCUUGUCAUUUUCUGAUGCAACUAAAUUUUACCAACCAGUAUUGGAGCCCCCAUUAACACUAUAGACAUUUACUUGUUUUUUCAAAAUGGUUCCUAGUGGCUUGUUUUGUAGCUCUUCUGUGACCGGGGGGGGGGGGGGGCAUUUUGGCAUCAAUCCAGAUACAGAAAGGAACAUCAGGCAGCCAUUGAAAAUUAAGCCAAUUGGGUAUAAAUAGCACAGCUUCUCCUUGGAUAUUUUCUUUAGUGCUCUCAUGUACCACAUCCUACGAGGAGCACAUCACACUCCAUUCCACCAAGACUGUAAAUAUGCAUGAUUUCUUAGAGCCUGUCCUAUUUAGGAGAUAUGAGGCCUCUCGUUCAAAACCAGUGAAGCCCCAAACUAAGUCCAUUGGGUCAAACAUGCCAGUUGAUGAAUCAUUAUGUUUGUUUGUGUCUGCACACAUGAGCACAGAGAGAGAGAGAGAGAGAUAGGGAGAGAGUGAGAGAGUGAUUGUUUUUACAUUGAUUAAAACACACACACACAUUGUAUAAAGGAAUGCCUCCGAAAUGUACCAUUAUUCUAAAAUGGGUGGACAUGGGUAUAUAAGCACUUCUGUAUAUAGGUAAUUUUGUACAUCACAAAUCACUGCAGUACUGGGAUUCACUGGGUUUAUCUUGUGAUGUAGGAGAAUUUCUUGUCCAUUGAUGCAAAUGCAUACAGGGUACAUCCAUGAGCAGGUGUAAACAGUUGCUCGUAUGUCCGCUGGAGCGAUCCCUUGCAAUAUGUUGGUUUGGCUUCCCUUGCUUUGCAUCAAGGGGCAGCGGCUUUUUAGUAUGACAGAGGGCACCACUCCCCUGCGUAGGGCUGAUCCUGUGAUUGUGUGAAAGCACCCUUUGUAUGUUGUUUGCUCUUAGGUACAUUUAAAGGUUAACGGUCAGGAAUAGUAAGGGUUUGCCACUGCAUCUUUUGACUCUGUUGAUAGUCUUCCUAUUUUUACACCAUUUUUAAAAAAUUUGCAAUAUUUUAUGUAGACUCACAGUCAGUACUAAGCCUUUCUUUUCUGGCCUGAAGUAGUUCAAAGUGGUAAGUACUGCUAUAUAUAUAUAUAUAUAAAUAUAAAAGAUAUUAUAUGUAUAUAUAUAUACACACACACACACACACACACAAACAUACACAGCCUUAAAAUAUUUAGUGGCGGUGCCAGUCUGGGCUAACUUUCAGUGUAAAUGUUUCCAGAUUUUUAAUUACAUUCCUUGUGAUGUUCCCCUGUUAGGGGAAAAUUUGUUUGUGCUUGAUAUGUUGAAAUAAAUUACACAACUUUCACUUACA